CUAUGACCCCAAGAGCCACCCUGUUGUUCCCUUGAUGCUUUGGAAGCCUUAUCCACCUAUAUAUCCAAGGCUCAUCAAGAAUGCUGCAGAUGGACUAACGUUUGAACAAACCAAAGAAAUGAAGAACAGAGGCCUAAAUUCCUAUCCACUGAUGAAGCUGAGUGACCAGGAAUGGUGUGUACGUGAAUGUAGUAGAUAGGGUCACGGAGGCAUUCGCGACAGAAGACGUUGUGAGACUUGAUUGCACUCAUGUGGGUACCAGUGACUGCAAAAGGAUUGGUGUGAAGCUUAGGUGCAGGACUUGGUACCUUGCGUGCCCAUUUUAGUCAAGGAUUAACAUAUUAUACUCUGGAGGGGAACGAUUGACAAGGAACAGGGACAUGACUCUUCAACCGUUUUAGCAGAGCCUUCAGAUUGUUGACAUUGAAAUCAACACUUCUGGUUUCUUAGCUAGUCAGUGAUCUGCACCCAUUUCAUGUAAUUGAUGAACCGAAGUUACUGCCAUUUGCUGAUCUGGUUGUUGAUCCAACAAUUCAGGACAUUUGCGUUAAUCAAAGACAGGUUUAUGGCCUGUGAUUCCAUCCAUUUGUGUAUUAGCUUGAUACGAAAUUCCUACAAGAUCAGCUUUAUAUU